AUGGUAAAUGUCUCUCGAGCUGCCCUGAUAGUUGGGCUUUGUGGACUUAUACACGCUGCUUAUUCUGCUGCACAACAUCGUUCCUACAUUCGUCUGACUGAACAGGAAUACAGCUCACUACCCGCUGAUAUUGUGGUGCAAAUCGUUUUGUCCUUUAUUACUGUGUGCAUUGGCCUUUUUGGUCUCACUGGAAAUUUGAAAGAAAUAGAGGCAGCUGCUGAGUUCAGAGAUAAAACUUGGGAUUCACUGGGAAAUCGCCCUUCCUUUUACAUUUUUCACCAUCGCAAAGUCCCUGCUUAG